AUGGGCGGUUUCGGCGAUUUGUUGGCCUCACUGCAGGACAACCCGUACUUCGGCGCCGGCUUCGGGUUAGUCGGUGUGACGGCCGGACUGGCCAUCGCUCGCAAAGGCCUCCAGCAGUCGGUUCACGUGCUCCAGAGGUAUGCCUUAACGACGUGCGAAGUGAACAGCAAAGACAAGUCCUAUCAGUGGCUGCUCGCGUGGAUCGCCCGCCAGUCGACACGUGCCCAACACGUGGCCGUCAGCACGGAGUUCGUGGAGGACGGCGCCGGACGCGUGACCUCCCGCUUCGGCUUUCAUCCGGCGCCUGGAGUCCACUUCUUCCGCUUCAACGGCCGCUGGUUUAAGUGCGACCGACGCCGGGAACAGAUGGACGCCUUGGCGGGCGUGCCCUACGAGUUGGUGACGCUGACGACCCCCGGGAGGGAUAAGUCGGUGUUCAUCGACAUACUGGCGGAGGCCAGGGAUGUAGCGCUGGCCGACUGCGCCGACAAGACGGCCACAUAUAUAGCGUACGGACACGAGUGGCGACCGUUCGGCCACUCGAGGCCUAAGCGACCGCUAGAGUCGGUGAUACUGGCGGACGGUUUGAUGGAAAGGGUGACCGAAGAUCUGCACGCCUUCGUCACGUCCGGCAAGUGGUACCACGAGAGGGGCAUUCCCUACCGGCGCGGGUACCUGUUCUACGGCCCUCCCGGCACCGGCAAGUCGUCGCUCAUCUUCUCGUUGUCCGGUCUCUUGAAUUACUCGAUAUGUGUGUUGAAUGUCUCGGACCCGGCGCUCACCGACGACCGACUCACUCAACUGCUCAACACUGCGCCCAAAGACGCCGUUGUGUUACUCGAAGACAUCGACGCGGCGGUCGUGUCGAGGAGUGCCGGCCCUCUCGACGCCGUCCGAUACGACGGCCUCACGCGAGUCACGUACUCCGGGCUCUUGAACGCGUUGGACGGUGUGGUCAGUAGUGACGCCCGCAUUGUCAUGAUGACCACCAAUCGGGUGGAGGUGUUGGACAGCGCGCUCACCCGUCCCGGACGGGUAGACGUGAGAGUGCUUAUAGACAACGCCUCUGACAGUCAGAUAAGGCGUGCAUUCAAUCGCUUUUAUCCGCUUAAUAGUGAAUCGACUGAACAGUUCGUACGGCACGUGAGGUCUGAUCCCAACCCGGUAUCGAUGGCCAGAAUUCAGGCCCACUUUCUGCUGUACAGAGACAAUGCGUUACAGGCUUUGAGGCAUAAAGUGCUGUGA